AUGCGACUUGUCUUAUUCGUGAUCGUCUACCAGUUGGUAGCUGCAAGUGUUGAUCAAACCCAAAUUAUUUUACUCGGUCCGUACUACAAUCUAUCGAACAUAAUUACAUCAAAAUCAGACAUGAAAUAUGGAAAUUUAGACUUCACAGACACCGUAGAAUAUUACGCUGUAUCUAACGAAUACUAUCGAAUUAAAAGAGAAGCACAUUCUCUAAUCGGACCAUUUGAUUUAAGUAAGCUAUUUAAGAAGAAACAGUCCGUAAAAUUAGAAGCUCCAGACGCUAGGCCAUUAGAACUGUCUAAUGUACAAUCUGAAAGGCACAUAGCUGUAGCCGCUUUCAUAUCUGAUAAAGAUGCAGGACUAAAACUGCCUAUAACAACCAAUGAAUUGAAAGAAACAUCAAGUGUUGAAGCAACAACGGAGCUUACUACAGAAGCGCCUGUUACGAAGACCAUUAAAAUGAAACCAAAGAAAAAAGUUUCGAGGAAGUCUAAAAGUGUGACCAAUAAGAAGAGUGUGGAUCUAACUAGUCGAGAACGCUUGGUGAUGAAGAAGAAACCGGAAAAUGAAACUGUCUGGCCGAUAAAGCAUGCAGCCGUUGUAGAAGGUGAUAUUAUACUUGGAGGGCUUAUGAUGGUGCACGGUAGAGCCAGCGGUUCAGGACCCACCGUGGCCCGCUGCGGACCCCUGAUGGCCCAGGGCGGGGUACAAGCCCUGGAGGCUAUGCUGUUCGCGCUGGAUGAGGCUUCCAGAGCUCAACUUCCACCUCCAGGCGUGAGACUUGGUGCUCUGGUUCUUGAUGACUGUGAUAGCGAUACCAGGGGCUUGGAAAUGGCUUUGGAUUUUAUUAAAGGAUCCAUAAGCAAUAUCGAUGAUGAGGAAUACGCAUGCAACGCGACAGCAGUCAGGAAAGUGAUAUCUGGUGUGGUCGGAGCAGCGUCCAGCGUCACAUCUGUACAAGUUGCCAAUCUGCUGCGAUUGUUCAAGAUACCACAGGUAUCAUUCUUCUCCACGUCACCAGAGCUGUCAAACAAAGCACGCUUCGAGUAUUUCACUAGAACAAUACCAUCAGAUCUACAUCAAGUGAAGGCAAUGGUUGAAAUCGUCAAGAUACUCGGCUGGAGAUACGUGUCUAUCAUUUAUGAGGAAUCCAAUUAUGGUAUCAAGGCUUUCGAAGAACUGGAAACGUUGUUAGCGCGAAAUGACAUCUGCAUCGCUGUUAAAGAGAGAUUGGCGAAGGACUCUGGAGCGGCUGACGAGAAAGAAUACGAUGAUAUCGUGGAAAGGCUCUUAUCGCGACCUAGAGCUAGAGGUGUAAUUGUUUUUGGGUCAGACCAAGAAGUAGCAGGCGUAAUGGCAGCCGUACAACGCAAGGGGGCUGGCAGAACCUUCGGCUGGGUUGGCUCUGACGGCUGGAGUGCCAGGGCUUUGGUAGCAGCUGGAAACGAACCAGUGGUAGAAGGAACUAUUAGUGUUCAGCCUCAAGCGAACCCAGUGAGGGGUUUCAAGGAAUACUUCCUGGGACUAACGCCAGAGAACAACCCGAGGAAUCCUUGGUUUGUCGAAUUCUGGGAGGAGCAGUUCCGUUGUCGCUACGCGGGUGCGCCUCGCACUCCCUUUAACAUAAACUACAAGCCUUGCACGGGCAAAGAGAGACUCUCAGCGGACAACACUGAGUUUGAAGCGCAACUCCAAUUUGUGGCUGAUGCGGUCUGGGCUUUUGUGUUUGCCAUCAGGGAUAUGCACAGCGAUUUAUGUGGUGGAAGGCCUGGUUUAUGUGAGGCGAUGCGACCAGUGAACGGUCCCACUCUACUGCGGUAUCUACGGCAAGUGCGCUUCACAGGAUUAAGCGGGGACGAAUUUCAUUUCGACCAGUAUGGGGAUGGACCAGCUAGAUACAAUAUCCUGCAUUUCAAACAAAUCACGCGAGGUGUGUAUCGAUGGAUAAGAGUUGGGAAAUAUCUAGAUGGAGAGCUGCAACUGAAUAUGGAUGAUAUUCAAUUCAAAUGGGGCGAAGCGCGGCCGCCGGAGUCGGUGUGCAGCGCGGAGUGCGAGCUGGGGCAGGCCAAGCAGUACGUGGAGGGUGAGAGCUGCUGCUGGCACUGCUUCAACUGCACCCAGUAUGAGAUAAGGUCGCCAUAUUCAGAAACAGCAUGUGUGGAGUGCCCCAGAGGCACGCUACCAGACGCAGCGCGCACGCGAUGUGCCCCAAUACCGGAAUUAUAUCUCCAACCCUCGUCACCAGCUGCUAUUGGAGCUAUGACUUUUUCCGCUCUUGGUAUCAUACUGACCAUCUUGAUCGUAACCUUGUGGAUACUUAGAAGCAGCACGCCAGUGGUACGCGCCAGCGGACGGGAGUUAUCCUUCGUGCUACUAACCGGGAUACUGAUGUGUUACUUGGUUACCUUUGCACUUGUCCUUCGGCCUACUGACUUGCUAUGUUCUAUACAAAGGUUCGGAACAGGAUUCUGUUUCACAGUGGUGUAUGCAGCUCUUCUCACCAAGACUAACAGAAUUGCCCGAAUAUUUGACGCAAGCAAACAUUCUGCACGGCGGCCAUCUUUAAUAUCACCAAAGUCACAACUCUUGAUAUGUUCCAUAUUGGUUUCAAUUCAGGUCGUGAUAGUGGUUGUAUGGCAGCUAGCCUCACCGGCGCGCGCGAUCCACCACUACCCAACCAGAGAGGACAAUAUGCUAGUCUGUGACUCGUACGUGGACGCGUCGUAUACCAUCGCAUUCUUCUACCCUGUGGUUCUGAUUGUGGUGUGCACGGUGUAUGCGGUGCUCACGAGGAAGAUUCCGGAAGCUUUUAAUGAAAGCAAGCAUAUAGGCUUCACAAUGUACACAACUUGUGUAAUAUGGCUCGCCUUCGUUCCACUAUAUUUUGGCACGGCGAGUCACGUGCCGCUGCGUGUCACAAGCAUGGCCGUCACCAUCUCACUCAGCGCUAGCGUCACGCUGGCGUGUCUGUUCGCACCAAAAAUGUACAUAAUUCUCAUUCGUCCGGAGCGCAACGUACGCGCCAAUAUGAUGACCUCGAAGUGGCGCGGCGGGAACGCGCGCGGCGCCGCGCCGGGCGCCGUGUGCGCCGCGCUGGUGGGCGCCGCGCCCUUACCGCGCCCUGCCGCCACGCCCUCCACAGACCUGUCCACGCUGGACGCGGAGCGAUCAACAUCCACAGACCGCCAGGUCCAAACGGACGACCUGAACAGUCCGACCACUAACCAGAAUGGGCUAUGUCUAGAUGCUAAAAAGCUAGCCGAGCUCACUAGUGGUCUGCCGGCCUUUGAGGCGGGGGUCGUGCGCCGGCGCGCGGCGGCCGAACCAGCUGUGCGCGUCGCCGUCGCCGUCGUGGGCGGGCGCGUCAACUUAUAGCCUAGGUUGGCUAGACUGCCUGUGUUGGUCUGACCUUUCUAGCUAUAGGAGGAAACAUGGCUCAAGUUGGAAA